UUUGACGGCUUCUGAACACAGAUUGUGUUUGUGAAAUAUUGCUGUUGUAAAGAGCAACCUCUAUUGUAGCGUUGCCGCUGCGUUGGUCAUGAAGGGUAACGUUAGAGUAUACUAGUACCAGAAUAUCUAUCCCCAGAACCCUUGCAAAGCUUUUAGAUGGUUCCGCUCGGAUCUACUCCCAUUGCCACAUCAGUCAUCACUCUUGUCUGCACGAGGGCUGUGGUUCGAUAGACGAUUUUAAGACAUCUUCUAAACAAUAGCGAUCGUCCUAUUUUGUAAAGAUGCCGAGCUACAAGUUGUACUACUUCCACGGUCGGGGUCGAGCGGAGCCCGCCAGGCUGAUGUUGGCGGCUGCCGGGCUGCCUUACGAGGAUGUCCGCAUAGAGUUCGAGCGAUGGCCGGAAUACAAGCCAAAAAUGCCAAUGGGCCAGGCGCCUGUGCUGGACGUGGACGGAACCAUGAUCUGUCAGAGUGUUGCCAUCGCCAGGUUUAUUGCCAAGGAAUCAGGACUGGCGGGAAAGACGAACAUGGAGCAGGCCCGGGCCGACAUGAUGGUGGACGGGUUCGGGGACAUGGUGAACAAAAUGGCGGACUAUGUCUGGUACGAGCCGGACGAGGCGAAGAAGGCAGAAAAGAAGAAGACAUUCUAUGACACCACGCUGCCAGAGUUCCUGGGUUACUUUGAGAAGCUGCUUGUGGCGAAUAACGGUGGAGACGGCUUCUUUGUCGGCGAUGGGCUGACCCACGCAGACGUGUUUUUCCUGUCCCUGUCUGACGACAUCACCGCAGAGAAACCGGACGUUCUCGGUCCUUAUCCAAAGUUGGCCGCACUUGCGGAACGCAUCAAAACGUACCCGGGCAUAAAGGAGUGGCUGGCCAAACGUCCGAAGACACCAUGGUGAACAGAUAGACACAAGUCUCUUACGGCGGGCUCACACAUAUUAAAGCCCGUAUGAGGUCCGUAUGGAGUUCUUAUUCUCUACAAGGAUUCACAUAUCGCUGGAGAGAAUAAGACAUAAAAUAGAAUCAAUUUUACCUUAAGACAACAUUUAGACAAUUCUCUGAUUGGCCGACAGCUGGUUAGAUCAGGCCACGGUCCCAAAUUACGAUGGAAACCUCUGUCCGUUUUAGCCGAGCUUCUCCCAGGGUAUAUUGUAUAAGACGCAGGCGAGCUGUGUGUGCAAUUCAAAAUUCUAAAGUAAAAUGAUAGAAUGUUGAAGUAGUUGUACCUUUCCCAUGACAGAUAGAUUGGUUCUGAUAGAGAUUAAGUGAAUAAAAUACCAUUGAAAAUACAUAUCGUUUAUACACAUCUUUGAUUCACCUUUUAUUCAGUCAAUAAAAUAUUUACAGACUUG